AUGAGUACUACUUGCCAGUUUGAGUUUGCUGUCCGUAUUUUGGGGAUGAACAGCACGACAAUGGCCAACCCGGACAUUCGAAUGGCCGUUUUACAUGCAUGUUUUAGGGAAUGGUUUCGUGAGCACCGUCGAAUACUUGGUGGAUCAGAAGUCAUAUCUAAUACGAUCAAGAGACAGUACUAUCUUCGACGUUAUUGGUGCGCGUGGAGGGACUACUACAUGGAGUCGCAUAAUGUCAGAAUUACGGUGAAGCUGCUGAACGCAAUGCAGCGUACUGAGUUUAUGAAUAGAACUCCCACGUUAUUGUGGUACGAGCGUUACGUGUGUGCGAGAGUGUUCGAUAGCAUCUUUCUAGUGAUGAAACGUCAUGAAACAAUAGAAACUGGAUUGUCCGAAAUCCGGUAUCGUCGAAAUGAGGAACGAUUAUCUCAAUACUUAUUUCAAUGGUCUGCUUUCGUUGCAUAUAAAAGAGAACAGGAAAAAAUUGCAUCGAAUUGUUUGACCCAAGUUCGUCUGAAACGCUGGUUUACCUGGUGGGUUGAUGUAUAUAUCAGGUCCGUCAAGUCCACGGCAGUAUCAUCAGUGUAUCGUACAUAUUUGCUCGUUAGUGCAUUGGAAUUUUGGAGAACUAGAGCAUACCAUUCAAGAAUUGAAACAAUUGAGUUUUACUCUAGACCCCUUUCAGCUUUACGAAGAUGGAGACUGGUAGCUCGUAUUAAUCACGUCUUUAGGAUCAUACAAAAUAGACAUCGAAAUAUCUUCCUUAAGAAGUGGGCACAAGAACUUGGACUAAAUAAAUUGACUAGAACAAUUUUGCAGUGGUAUCGCGACAUUAUUCUACAUAACGCAUUCUCUCUCUGGUUAUCCCGAACUAAAUUAGCCAUAAGAUUACAAAAAGGAUCAUCUGAUAAUUUCGUCAUAAGAUCAAGAUUAAGCUCUAGUAUGGACUCAGUCGGCGUUCGUUUCGAUUCUGGAUUUAUGUCUGAUCUAAAUGAAGGCAAUAAAAAUAAUCCUGACCCUAGUAGGAGGUAUUAUAGUCGAAAGACUAGUAAACUCCUAGGCAAUAAAAUCUCUUCGCAGAUUACCACUUGCGCAAGUGAAUCUUCUAUUCCCUCUUUGAACCUUCUGGUAGGUGAUGAUACAAGUGAAUGCCCUUUCCGGGUACGCAAUCAGCCGUUUCCCAAGGCAACUACGACAUCGAACGAAGGAUCGGAUGCGGCAUCGAACGAAGGAUCGGAACUUGGGGAAAUUGAAAAACUAAUUAUCAACGUUCGUCGGAAGGUUCAGACAUGUUCGGCUUUCUAUAGACUGCGAGAAUAUGCAUGCAAGGUGAAGGAAAUACAAAAACUGAUUUGGCGAAGGGGAGCCACACGCGUGUUUGUUGUCUGGAAAUAUCGGUUAAUGAAAAAUCGAAGGUUACAACAACUUGAAAUAAUCUUGGCACUAAGCCAGAGGGUGCCAGAUAACCUGUUGAUGUCGAAACUCCGGAGCAUCGGUAUUAAGCAUGUUCCCCUCGCCUUUCUUCUACGUCAGGAAAAUAUCAGGCAGUUGCGUUUAAGUUCGUUAUUCAACGCUUGGAAGCAGCAGAUGACAAUAAAUCGCAAAUAUAAAGCCCGUACCUUCCUCCUUCUGAACCGUAUUCGAACAAAUCAUAUUGAUUAUUAUUUCUCUCGGUGGCUUCUGGCAUGCGCAGCGACAAAUCUAGGCAGAGACUGUCUGCAGAGGAUGGCUCGAGAACAAUCCCGCGAUGCACUGAAUGUUUGGAGAUCAAAUGUAGGAGUACCGCGAAUAGCUGGCAGGGAAGCUAAAGGUAAUCUCCUUGUCUUAAAUUCGUCGUUAAGGGUCCUGAAAACGUCCAUGGUGAUCUGGGCUGUAUGUUAUAGUGACUGUGUCCGCCUCAAACUGAUAGAGCAAGCUCUUGCCGUGAAAUGGGCAACUUACGUUUUAAACAACUACUUUAUGGUUUGGCUCUGGCUAGCUAACUUGAAGACCAAGGGACGAAACGCCAAAACCAUAUUAGAACACCACCAGAUCCACAGAACCAUGAAAAAAGCGUUUUACAAAUGGGCCAAGCUCUAUUCGUUACACAUUAGAUUCUGCAACACCAUCAGACCGUAUGCCGAUUCAGUAAAGAAGCGCCAGCAAAGACUCAUUUGGUGUAAGUUCAAGGAUAUAUUGCAACUACAACGUAUUGGAGACACCAUUUGCCGCAGGAGAAUCCUCUCAAGAUGUUUUGGGCAAUGGCACCACCUUCUGCGAGUCCGCCGGCGUCUUUCCAGCAAGGAAAUUAUUUUGCGCACACGUGUCCUAAUUCCGCCGAUCACUAGACGCAUUUGGCAAGCAUGGUAUUCAGCAGCCCAGAAACGCAGAAAAAUGUCUCAAAAGCUAAUUUAUCUUCUUCAAUGGAACCGAUCAAUGAUACUGAGGCGGACUUUCUACCGGUGGCAUAAGCACUUCAAAGAAGAAACGAUGCAUAAAGAUUGUUUGCAAUAUCUGGUUGACAAGCGGAAGUUCUCUCUCAUGCAGAAGUCCAUAAGGUCCUGGACGGUUGCCAGAGAUCGUUGGCACCGCCUCAUUCUCCGGCUCAAGGAUGUCAAGUACCAAUACACAGACAUCAGCACGGAGUCGAGCUACAUGGUGAUGGACCACGACGACAAGCCUAUGGACGUUACCGGCCACCGGACGACGCACCAUCAGAUGAUGGGUCGCGAGGCGAUGCGCCGCAAGACCGCGGACCUCAACGCCUUCUCCUUUAGCGCCUUGGGCCUUAGCUCAGUAAAUUCAAAUCGCGGUGUCAUGAAGCGGAGUACCAAGGCCGCCGACGCAUACAUCCCCCGGCCGCACAACCGCUAUGAACAGCCGGGCGACUCUUGUACAGAAUCAUCUUACUCUUAUGCACAGCGUGACUCUUUCACCCAAUAUCCCACUCAGUCUUUGAGCAGUUUCGUAGAUAUCCCCAGCAUGGAAUUUGCUGGCAGCCACUUGGCGGGUAGUCACCUCCCAAGCAUUUCGGAGGCGCUUGUGCCGGGGGGCUGGUGCGACGAGAGGCACAGCAACUUCGAGGGGCUCAGUAGUCUCGACGGGCUCAGUAGUCUCGACGGGCUCAGCAGCUCUGAAGGGCCGCCCGCCGUUCGGGGCGGCCAGCCAGGGCCCGCGGCAGAGGCUGGGUACCUGCAGUCCGCGUCUUCGCUCCCACUCGUGACGCCGCUCUUGUCGCCGCGGGUCUACCUCCAGUCGCACGGCAUGUCCGCAGACACGUGUCCUUCGGGCCUGGGCGCCACGGCUUCUUCGCGGGCGUUCUACUUCCUGUCCGACCUGUCCCACUGUGGCGGCGACCCUUGCGGCACAGACUUUUAUGGCCCGUCUCUGGCGGGCCCGUCGAGGGCCAGCUCACCUCUCGCCGGACCGCCCCUUGCCGUCCCGUCGCUCGCCAGCCAGGAGGACAGCAACGUCCUCUACGACCACAGCCCCCAGGUCGACCACGGCUUGCGCGAAAUCCGCGGCUGCGGCGGUAAACGCUGGAGCCAUCACACUAUCGACUUUUCCUCCGGCCCAGGCCCCGACCUGGCGCCCUUCGGCUCUGCCCUGACCACACACCUCGACGACGGCCUCCCUUCCCAACUGGACUCUCGCCUCCUCUCGCCCCUGGACCACCAGGAAUCUUACCAACACCGCGAAGGCUCACACCGAGACCCAUACCUCGACCACCUCGAUCACGGUCAUCUCGAUGACGACCACGAGGACCGCCUCGACCAGCGAGUUAGGGCACCUUACCAGCUGGAUGCGCCCGACAUCCGUCUGGAGGUGGCGGACUACAGUCUGACGUACUCCAGUUCGAUGCGCGACAGAACGACGGGGCUGACGGAGGCGGCCGGCG